GAGUUUGAGUUUGUUAGUUGGAGAUGGCCUAAUCAAUCCUGAUUCCUGCCAAAUGAGUCAUAUGGUAAGAAGUAAAGUAAGAACUCUAAGGGGAUGUUUGGCUAUUGUUACAAAACAUUAAACCCUAAUUUUAAACCCUAUUUUGGCUUUUUUCACUGAUUCCCCCAGUUUGUGACCGAUCCUCGGACACACUUAGUUAAAGAUUCACUGCAGCAUCCAAUGGAUUCACAAGAUUCCUCUGCGCCACCACCCCACCUGAGCCACCUCCACCACCACCCUCAACCGUCGCAUCCCGCCGCCCUACACACUCAGCCGCAACGCCACCUGCCCAGCAACUCCUACCUACUCCCCAACAGCAACAAUGCCGUCAACCCCACCACCACCACUCACACGCACCAGCAAAACCCUGGCUUCCCGUUCAAUUCCAUGGCCGGCGGCGCCCCGAAGCCGCUGGAUCAUCUUCAGCCCGAUGGGUCUCCUUCAGGGGCCAGGAAGAAAAGGGGCCGCCCACGAAAGUACUCCCCCGAUAACAGCAUUGGGCUGGGCCUGUCGCCGGCCCCCGUCUCCCAGAUCCCCACUCUCAUGGCCCACAAUGAUUCCGGCGGUGGCGGAACACCGCCCUCUGAAAUGUCGGCCAAGCGAAACCGCGGCAGACCUCCGGGCACGGUGAAGAGACAGUUGGAUGCUCUAGGAGUUCCUGGAGUUGGUUUUACGCCUCAUGUAAUUACGGUGAAUGCAGGAGAGGAUAUUGCUUCAAAAAUCUUGGCAUUCUCUCAGCAAGGGCCUCGAACUGUUUGCAUUCUAUCAGCUAAUGGUGCCAUCUGCAAUGUCACACUUCGACAGCCAGCCAUGUCUGGUGGAGGUGUGACGUAUGAGGGCCGAUUUGAAAUAAUCUCAUUGUCAGGUUCAUUCCUUCUAUCAGAGAGCAUUGGUAACUGCAGUCGAACUGGUGGUCUGAGCAUAUCCUUGGCUGGAUCAGAUGGUAGGGUAUUGGGUGGAGGAGUUUCCGGAAUGCUCAAAGCAGCAUCGCCAGUACAGGUUGUCGUAGGCAGCUUCAUUCCAGAGGGGAAAAAGUCGAAGAUCAGGGCAUCUUCUACGCCACCUUCGUAUAUGUUUAAUUUUGAUGCUCCAGAGACAGGGGCCGGGGCCAGUCCUUCCCCAGGUGGCUCGAGUGAGACGGGCGAGGAGAAUGAUGAUAGUCCUCUAAAUCAUGGCUCCGGGCCUUACGGCAAUGCCGGUCAACCAGGUCAGACGAUGCCUAUGUAUAAUUCCGUCGGUUGGCCAAACUCCAUGAAAGUGCUUCCCAAUUAGCUUCACCUCUCCCACAAUAUUUGCAUGUGGUCUCAUUAGAGGUUGGUUGCCAAUGCUAACAGCAGUAUUAGGACGGUAUGUUGCUAUUAAUAUAUCGUAGUAGAUAUUAGGUUCAUAUAUUAGUUUUCUUAGUUGAGUUUGAUCCUCAUGUUUCCAUUUUAUUAUUAAAAUUGCUGGUUGUCACAUCUGACCACUUGUAUUAGCUUCAUUUAAGUAUGAUGUGUGAAAACAUAUACGGAAAUGAAGUUCCAAGAAGGCAUUCUUGCGCACUCGUGUCUAAAUGUCCUAGAAUAGCAUAUGGUGUGUGGGUCUAGUUGGUGUAGCUGUGGGUCUAGUUGCACAUGUAUUCAGAUGUACUGUGGUACUAUUGUGAAUGCAUUUAUUGAAUGUUGCAUCA